AUGAGAGCUGGGAGCCUCCUCCUCCUGGUGGCCCUCCUGGCUUUAGGAAACCAGCUGCCUGCUGCCCUAGGCAAAAGGAAGAUUGUGAAACCAGGAGCCUGUCCACCGGAUGAUGGGCCUUGUCUGUCGGUCCCUGACCAAUGCCUGGAUGACAGCCAGUGUCCUUCCACUACCAAGUGCUGUUCCAAAGCCUGUUACCUCCAGUGUGUCCCCAAACUCUCAGUGAAGCGGGGAGUCUGCCCCAAGGAUCUUCUGCGUUGUAUCAGCCCCAUACAGCACCUCUGCCAGGGGGAUUUCGACUGCUCAGGCUCUAAACGUUGCUGCCUGACUGCCUGUGGCCGAGACUGCCGAAGUCCUGUCAAAGACUAAUUUAGGCUCAAGGUGUAGUGCUGGACCUUAGGAUGAGGUUCUCAACAGGAAGAGAUGAAUGGGGCUCCCUUCUCCACUGUCACUCAGACAGCACUGUCUCCACCUGUGGUGAGUCAUGCUGCGGAGA